CUCUCCACCAUUACAAAUUGGUAGCCAAGUGACGUCACAGUGCCGUAAAACCUCCACUGAAGGCGAAAAAGCCGAAGUUAACGUCGCAAACAAAGGCAGAAGCAACGCGAGGUAGUCAAGUUCAAGCCGGUUUAGAAAAUAUAAAUACAUCAAAAUGUUGAAAGAGUUGGUAAGGGAGCGACUCAUUGCGGCCGCCGACGAUAUCUUUGGACUGUUUGAGAGGACGAUAGCGUCGUAUGAGGAGCAACUUUGUCGAGCGAGAGAGGAGAACGAAGGACAACGACGACAACUGGAAGCUGUUGGCGUGACUCAAAUGAUGCUAUACAACGAAGACUUCCAGCAGCUGAUUGAUUGCCAAGAAGAGUCACCUGGCAGGAGCCCCAGUUCAGAGGAUUCUCAGCACCCCCAUAUUAAAGAGGAAGAGGAGGAAGCUGAUGUUAGCCAGUUGCCAUUGACAGCGACCACUGAAGAGUGUGAAGAUGACGAAGAUGAAGCACCCGACUGGUCGUAUCAUCACCACCACAACAGUGGAGACGGUCAUGGGGGACCAUCAGCAGACAACCUUUUCGCUUCACUGUCACAGAGUGAAGAUGCAGAUGAAGAUUUAAGUAUCGAUUCUCAAACAGGCGAAUGUAAAGAAUCCUUUAAAUUCUCUGUUUAUGGUGACGAAUUUUCUCCGAAACAUCUGAUGAAAGAUACACAGACAGGAGAAAAACCUUUUAGUUGCUUAGUUUGCGGUAAGUCGUUUGGUCGAAAGCAGCACAUGGUGAGACACAUGAGAGCACACUCGGGAGAGAAACCGUUCACCUGCUCUAUUUGCGGUAAAAAAUUCACCCAAAAGCCCAACCUCAUUCACCAUAUGAGGACACACACAGGAGAAAAACCAUUUAGUUGCUCAGUUUGUGGUAAAACAUUUCCCCAAAAGCCAAACCUGAUUCAACACAUGAGGACGCACACUGGAGAAAAACCUUUUCGUUGCUCAGUUUGUGGCGAUAGGUUUGCUCACAGGUUCUCUUUGAGCGUACACAUGCGUAAACAUACGGGAGAAAAACCUUUUAGUUGCACAGUUUGUGGUCAAAUAUUCUCGCAAAGGGCAAACAUGAGAACACACAUGAAAACACAUACAGGAAAAAAGACAGACAUGAAAAGUUUGUGGUAAGAUGUAUCUUAAAAAGUCUAGUUUGACAGUGCUUAUGCAAAAACAAAACAGUCGAAAUUUUAGAUUAUCAUAUUUUAUUGUGUUAACUUUUGGCAUGUCAAACAUUUCAAAUGCUAUUGCGGACAUUUUUACAAAAAAAGAACAUCUUUGCCACUGGUGACUGACACUCGAGUCAUCAUCAGCAUUCCAGACCAGGUCAACAAAUUCAAUAGUUCUCCUUAUUUUGUAUUUUGCUGUUGUGAAGCCUUUGUUACUUAAUUGACUUGGAAACACAUUAAGACUUAAUGUCAUCCACAAGGUAGCGCGUCUGUCUGACAGUUCUGAGAUUUCUGGGUUCAAAUGUGGGCUCCAGCCUUUUUACAGCAUCUGACGUUUGCAUAUUCCAACAACAUGCUUCAUUGAAAACUAAAUUGUCUGUAGGUGUGAAUGGUUGUUUGUCUAUAUUUGCCAUGCUAUUUAGCUGACGACCAGCUCAGGAUGUAGCCAGCUUCUCUCACCCAACGUCAGCUGGAAUAGACUUUGUCCAUGCGCCAGUUAUUUGCAGUCUGGAUGCUGAGGGGUGAGCAUUGCCUGCUGUUGAUGUUGAAUGAGUCUGAUUUUCCAAAGAGCACCACAAACAUGGCUACAAUCGUUGCUGUGUGCUUUUUGGAAAAAUUGUUGCUAGAGCAGACAGAGAAGAAGAGGCAACAAACUUGCUAACUUUCACACACUUGUCUUUCAUCUACAAUUCUUAAAAAGUAUUUUCUUUUUCUUGGAGAGGUUUUCCUCAACAGGGUACACAAACGCAUUUUGAUGAAAACACUAUGGAUAUAGAAUAAAUCUGAAUAACAUUUCAUGAGUUGCUUUUUAUAAUACAGGACAUUUAUUUGUCUUUCACGAUACAUUUUGAGCAUGGAAGUAUACGUUUAUUGAGGGGUGAUAUUCAACUCUUUUUUUUCUGCAGUUUUUUUCACUUUUUUAUUUUAGGUGGCUAUUUUAGUUUAUAAGACAGAAAUAUAGACCGCAAAUGAACAUUACCAAUGUGUAAAGUUUGUUGGGUCUUUUACACAAUAAUAAUACUGUUGUCAUACAAACACUGAACACAAAAGACUACAGAUGUUCCUCCACUAGAGAAAUGAAUGAACGUCCAUAGGUAACCAUUAAGCAUAAUAAAGCUGACAAUUAUUAUUUUUUUAAUGGCCUCUUUAGCCUGAGCUUGCUUGCGAAUCAGGCAAAAUGAGCAGAGGCUAAAAAUGCAACUAUGUCCACUGGCGGGCGUCCAACAAAACUUUCCAAAAUAUCCUUCAAAAUAUAUAUACAGUGGGUACAGAAAGUAUUUGGACCCCGUUAUUUUCACUUUGUUGUAUUGUGGACAUGCAAUGUGUUCUUUAAUGAGGGGGGAACAAAAUGCUUUUAGCAAAUGGCAUGACUAUAACAGUAAAACUUUUAAGGGGGUUUGAAUACUUUCCAUGCACGCUAUAUAUACAUAUACAUAACAUACUGUACAUAUAUAUUUGAAACUUGAGUUAAAAGUGAAUUAAGUUUGUUUCUAAAUACGUUAUACAAGUUUGAAGAUAAUUGCUUAAAACAUGCAAAAGCUGAACUACUGAAUAGUGAAUUGUGGAGAUAAAGCAAAGUGUUUUUAGCAUUUCAGUUUCCUUUUUGGGGGAGGGGUGUGGAUAAAAUGGGCCCCAGUGAGGCACAUCGGCAUCUGUGAUGAGUUACCCCAUCCCCACUAUGAUUCCCAAAAAUGUGUCUUACCUUCAGAUAGCCACUAGCAUUGCCGCUGUAGAGUGCCUUGUUGUUGGCCUUGAGUUCACCCAGCACAUGCAGAGAGAAGCGGUUUGGCAGGGAGGGCAGGAAAAAAUAUUCUGACAUGACAGUGACCGUGUGGACCAGAGCUUUGGGCUGGUGAAGUUGCUUUAGUGUGCCUCAUUGUUGGCCAUGAAUGGAUUUAUGUCAUGCAGAGAAAGGUGGAAGAGUGAGGAGGAUAGAGGGGGAAAAAUCUGGUGUGAUAGCAAUUAGAUUUAGGCUACACUUAUGUGGCCACUGUAGAGCGCCUCAUUGCAGCAGUAUGGAAAAGCCCCGCAACAAUUUGGGACAAUCCAGGAUCUUGUUGCUAAUUGAGGCUUUGAAAUGAUAUAAUUUUACAGCUCAAGCAUGUAGUUAUGUGUAGGUGUUAGAAAGAUUCUAGACCAAGUAGUGUGCAUUUUUUCCAGGUUGUAGUAGUGACGUUAGACUUAAUCUUGACAGUUAACAGGGGCAUGAUUACACACAUUCAGUGGACACACCCACAGCGUUGCAGCUUUUUCACCAUUUUGAAGCCUUAGUUCAUACACUUUUUUCUUUUAGCUAUUCAAAUUUGUCAAUUUUGUUACCAACACUCUUCCCUACAAUGUCUAAUUUAGGAAACACUGUAUUUAGUUGUGCUCAUUAGGGACUUUAUUAUUAUUAUUACUCUAUUACUUAGCAUAGCUACAAGUAAUAUUACACUUCAGUUUACUACUUCUUUGUAUCUGCUUAUCAAUGUUUCUCUGUAAUAAUUUUUUGUCUGAUCUAAUAUGCACAUAAAAAUGUUGUAUAUGAGGUGAGAAAUUAUCAAUGUGGUACAAGCUCCUAGUAAUACAUGAAAGAAUCAGUGAAUUAAAUGUUCAGACUGUCUACAAUGCUACAGUGGCUUCAACUUUUUUUUCUCCUCAAUGCAGUUCAUUUUAAGUACAGUUCAGUUGUGUUGAACUGAGGUUCAAACAUUUGCAUUUAAUGAUUUAAAAAUGUUAAAUAAAUAGUCCAGUUUUAUUCUUUUAUAAGAAACACAUUUGAAUUGAAACUUUUCAGUUUCCUAAAUUCCAUCACAUUAUUAAUAAUUAAACUGCUCAUAAUGAUGACAGACAUUAAAUGUGCUUUUUUAAAGGAAUAAAACCUCUGCCUCUGUCGAGGCAUUCCCAGGCCAGCCGAGCAAUGUCGUCUCUCCAAUGUGUUCUGGGUUGUCCCCGAAAUCUCUCCCCAGCUGGACGUUACUGGAACAUCUCACCAGUAGGGGUCUGAGAGGCAUCCGAAUCAGAUACCCAAGCAACCUCGUCUGGUUCCACUCAAUGUGGAAGAGCAGCGGCUCGACACUGAGCCCCUCCCGGAUGGCCGAGCUUCUCACCCUCUCCCUAAGGGAGAACCUGGACACCCUGCAGAGGAAACUCAUUUCGGGUGCUUGUAUCUGGGAUCUUGUUCUUUCAUUCAUGAUCCACAACUCGUGACCAUAGGUGAGGGUAGAACUUAGAUCGACCGGUAAAUUGAGAGCCUCACCUUUCAACUGAGCACCUUCUUUACCACAACAGACUGAUGCUGCAGAUGCUGCACUGAUCCGCCAGUCGAUCUCCUGUUCCAUUUUUCCCUCACUUGUGAACAAGACCCCAAGAUACUUGAAUUCCUUCACUUGGGGCAAGAUCUAAUCAGUGACCUGAAGAGGGCAUGCCUCCCUUUUCUGACUGAGGUUGGAGAAGCUGAUUUUCAUCCCAGCCACUUCACACUCUGCUCCAAACCGCUCCAGUGAGCGUUGGAGAUCAGAGCUUGAAGUCAACAGAACCACAUCAUCUGUAAAAAGCAGAGAUACAAUACUGAGACCACCCAACCAGACCCCUCUACGGCUCGGCUGCACCUACAGAUUCUUUCCAUAAAAUUUAUCAACAGAAUUGGUGACAAAAGGCAGCCUUGGCGGAGUCCAACUCUCAGCAGAAACGUGUCCAGGACUCUGUGAAGGACAGGGUCAAACUCCUUCUCCAAGUCCACAGAACACAAAUAGACUGGUUUAUCAUGACGCACCCUCAAAGACCCUGCUGGUCCACUGUUCCACGGUCAGGAUGAAAACCACAUCACGCCUCCUGAAUCUGAGAUUCAACUUCUCCUCUCUAGCACCACUGAUAAGACCUUACCAGGGAGGUUGAGGAGCAUGAUCCCCCUGUAGUUGGAGCACACCCUCUGGUCCCCCUUCUUAAAAAGGGGGACCACCACCCGAGUCUACCAAUCCAGAGGCACGAUCCCCGAUGUUCAUGCAAUGUUGCUCAGGCGUGUCAACCACGACAGCCUUAUAACAUCCACAGCAGUUAGAAACUCCAGGCAAAUCUCAUCCAUCGCAUAUCUUGGCUUUCACCUUUGAGCCCCACCUCUAAGCCUGGCUCCGGAGGGGGGCCCUGGUGACCUGUGUCCAGGCAAGGCAAACCUAGAUCCAAUUUUUUUAUUUGUCUUAGGGGUUUAUGGAGCCAUGCUUUGUCUGGUUCCUCACUUAGAACCUUUUUUUCCUGAUAGGGUCACCGACAAUCAGGGGCAUGAAGCCCCAAACAUCUUAGCCCCGAGGAUCAUCAACGAUAAGGUGACGGCUCAAGGAGGGGAUAUUUUAUGCCAUAGUAAAUCAUUUUUUGAAUUACUUUUUAAAUUGGGUGACGUGUUAAUGUAGGGCAAUUUUCAAAUAUAAUUUUAGGCGCUACAUUGAAUAGUCCCACCUGUGCCUGGAGUGGAGUGAUGGCACCCUCUGCUGGGAGAAUGAAACAUUAUUGGUGAUAAGUGGUGAAGAAAAUGGAUGGAUAAUAUUCUACGUCAUUGGGUUCAUAGCACUUUGUAGCUCUUCUUUCUACGCUUCCGCAUACCGCCGCAAGAUGGCCGCAGUGUGACCUGAUGGAUUCUUUAGAUGCCGUUACAACACCGCCAGAGAAGAAAAAGGCGGAAGCUGAUGAGCAGUCGACUUGAGACAAAGAGUGAGGUUGAUGUUGUGAAAGAAAGUCGAACUUCUAGUUGACAUCUGGAGUGUUUGAAAGAACGAUGGCGUCUUUCGACGAGAAACCUUGUCGAGCUAGAGGUAGCUACCGACAACUGGACGACAGGUCGACGCCUCCAGUCGUGUUGUACUCCCAAGAUAUCGCGAGGAGUUUGCGUUCUGUUCUUCACUCAUCUCCAUUCAAGCUCCUUGAACAUUGAUUCCCAAAAUAAAAAGGACAAUUUACGUUAAUUGGAAAGAGGACUUUGGACCACUACCCAACAGUCCUUCCUCUCCUAUGUCCACUUGAAAUUCUUCGUACGUUGGCUCAGAAGCGACUUGACCCGAGGAACCUAACAGACUAAUCCACUUUUCACACUUAUGACAAGAAGUCUCUUGGUUUGGUGACCUUCAAGUUUGAGGUCACAGAGGUCUGAUUCAAAACUCUGUGCAAAGGCAACCAGAGGCUCCUCAUUUAAGAAAGUUUCACUCUUUGGGUUCCGAGACUGGACACCUUGCAUGAUCUCACAACUCUUCUGUGAAAAAUGCCCCUUGAGGUCAGUUAUGAAGCACUCAGCCAUCUGAUUAAAGAGUGAUCUGUGGAUGCCCUCA